AUGGAUCAUAAACUCACUGAAAUAACUGAAAAUAUUAAGCAACGUGGUCGUGAGGGUGCACAUCCUCUAUUCAAGGAAACGGGUCCAGAAUAUGUGAUGCCAAAGUUUCCGAUUGAAAGAAAAGAGAUGGAAGACCACAUCUUAGAAUUUAAAUUAGCCCGUGCACUCAACAUGAGCGAUAACGAUUCCAGACCUCUUGUUAAUGAAGAAAACCAUAAUCUUACUAUUUCGAAUGCUUCAGAUACUUCUAAAGUCACUAGUAUUGGUGACUGCAUGUCUGUCGCUGGCUUAACGAAUGGUCAUGAAUCUGUUGUAUUUGGUAAAAAGAAUAUGGUUCGUGAUGAUCCUUCAAACUCUAUAUCGCUGCUCCCUGAAAGGUCCGCCGAAAAUCCAAAUACUUACUCUAGCCAUUCUACUACUUCAGAUAUGAACACAUCGUCUCUGGAAUCUAAUAUGCAACCUAGGUUUACUCAAAACAAUAUUCACUUUCAAAAUGAGCCGAACUGUGGAGGUUCUUUAUUUCGAAGAUUAUACAGCGUCCCUAAUACAGCUGGAGAUGGUUUCCCAAUAUAUUUAGCACCUGCGUCGAACGCAGGUGGAUUCACAGAUGUAGCUCCAGUGCUCCAAGAAGUAGAAGAAGCAGCUGAGGCACAUUUAGAGUCAGCUGCUGUGGAAUUUCAGCGUGUUCAAAUCUGCGGUGACGAUACUCUUGGUGUUCCUGUAGAUGAUUUGCAUUUAGCUUCAGAAGCAUUGAUUAAAGCUUUACUAUUACGUCAUAAAUAUAUUACGUCUUCACAACAAUCAUUUCAUUGUACAACUAAACGUUAUUUAAGUGUACUGGAUUCAGGUUCAGUGAAAUUAUUGGAUUCUGAAGAGAAACAAUACAAAUCUAUACAUACCCCUGUAUUUGAUCACCCAAUUAAUCCACCUGGGAAAACUGGUGAUCCUUUUGAGAUGGACUAUUGGCCUGAGCCAUUAGAUGUUAAAAUGGAAUUUCGCAAGGGUAUUAUGCAUAUUGAAUCAUUGUCUGAUUCAUCAGACAAACAUCAUGUUAAUUUAAUGAAUGGAACAUCAGAACCUGGUUCUAAUGAAAAUAUGGAUGUUAAUCAACCUAUGAAAAAAGAUCUGCCAGAAUUCAUUGUACCAUCUUUACAGACAUUUUUCUCAGAUUUCGAUACAAUUCGUACAUUUGUUGGCGAUGGCCCGUUAAAAUCAUUCUGUUAUCGUCGAUUGACAUAUUUGGCUUCGAAAUUUCAAUUACAUUCAUUGUUGAAUGAAGCUCGAGAAUCGUUUGAACAAAAACGUGUAUCACAUCGUGAUUUUUAUAAUAUUCGAAAGGUUGAUACACAUAUACAUGCAUCAUCAUGUAUGAAUCAAAAACAUUUAUUACGUUUUAUCAAGAAAACAAUUCGUACUAAAUCAGAUGUUUAUGUAUGUGAGGAUCCAAAAACUAAAAAGCCUAUGACAUUAAGUGAAUUAGUUGAUAAAAUUGGCAUUACACUUUACGAUUUAAAUAUUGACAAUUUAGAUGUUCAUGCAUUAGUUGAUAAAAUUGGCAUUACACUUUACGAUUUAAAUAUUGACAAUUUAGAUGUUCAUGCAGAUCGUAAUACAUUUCAUCGAUUUGAUAAAUUCAAUGCCAAAUACAAUCCUAUUGGUCAAAGUCAAUUGCGUGAAGUAUUUUUGAAAACUGACAAUUAUAUUAAAGGCGUUUUCUUUGCACAUGUUUUAAAGGAAGUGUUUUAUGAUUUUUCUGAAUCAAAAAUAUCAAAAUGCUGA